AUCGUUAAAAUUAUAAUAUGCUAUUAACCGUUUGUACCAUCCUUUAUACUGUAUGAAUACUUACAAUAUUUAACGGAAUAUUUGUGUCCAAGUGUUACCAUUUGAAACAGUUCUUUGUAGUAGAUCUGGAUGUAUGUGAAAUUAACAACUAUAUUAUUCAUGGAGAGAUGGGAUUAAAACAACUUACAUCACACUGUAUUCAGAUUGUGAUGUUUGUGUUUUGUAUGAAGAUGGUUGACGGAGCAUAUAGAGUCAUCAACAUGACAAAGUCAUGUGUUUUAAAUCACGAGUGUAAAUUGCCCUGCAGAAUGGAACCAUUUUCAUAUACUAUUAGUGUCCUUUGGUUUAACGACAAUAACGAGAUGCUUACUCGAGGCAACCAAGUACAUAAACAUCACAGAAAUCUCAGAAUCGAAAAGCCAGCUUACAAUGAGUGGGUUCUGUAUAUACUGCGAGUGAACCGAAAGUUUGCUGAUAAAUACAGGUGCAAAACAAGUGACGGAUAUACGUUGUCAGAGAUAACAGUUGUUAUUGAACAUGAACCCAGGACAGAUGAGCAAAAAUCAUCAUCUUUUCAUGAACGUUUCGAUGAACAUUCAUUGGCACAACUGAAUUGUAUAUUCCAUGGCUCACCAAAACCAGAAAUAACAUGGCACCGCGGACCAUCAAAAGAACCUAUUGAAGGUAUUAAGGGGCAUACAUUAAUCAUUAGAGAUAUCGGAAGGUAUGCAAGUGACAACUACACCUGCAUUGCCACAAACGAACACGGAACUGCCGAGAGAGAAAUAAAACUGACAGUGGACUUUUAUCCCGAAGUUACUGUGAUGGAGUCAGAGAUGUCUGUUACUGGUGGGGAAAUGGUGAUAAUGGGUUGUGCUGUCCAAGCUUCGCCGUUGCAGGAUGCUUUCUGGACAAACAAUGAAGGUGACAGGGUAACAAGCAACUGGAAAUAUAAGCUGACAGAAGAAAAGGAGACUGACCAUUUUCCAGUGCGGUUUCUUGAAUUAGUUAUAAAGUCAAAUAUUUUCAGUAAACAAGACGAAGGUAACUACACCUGUCAUGGUGUGGGACAGAACAGUGAAAGCAAAGAUGUUGUUAUAUUAAAAGUGAAAGAUGUUGGCUGAAUAAUAUAUUGCUUGGUAGUUUUUGCUGUGUAAUAUAUUAGUAUAAGGUGCGUUUUUGGAAUAGUUAUGGAUGAUGUUACAAGAAUAUAGGCGACAUUUUUACUUGGAGUGAGCAAAGUUGAUGGUUAAAUAAAAACCAUAUUGAGUAGAAUAUGUGGAAACUAUUGUAUGUGCAUUCAACGUACUUUGUAUUUGUUAAUAAUGUCUGUAUACUCUUAUUUAUUUUUGCUGAGUUGUGUUAAACAGAGGAACGCUCGUAAGUAUAAACAUGGGCAAUAAAUUUAAUAGAUUUAUAAAACAGGA